AUGUCACUCACUGAAUUCUCCGCUGUCGAAAUAGCAACGGCUGCGUCCUCAGCAUCUCGGUACCUAUCAAUUUUAGUUGAUAAUGAGCGAAAUGAGGCUCUCGCGGCUCUCCACGAUGCACUUCUUAGAAGUAAAAGUGCUAUCCUGGAGGCGAAUGCAAAGGAUCUUGAAGUAGCGAGCCGAGCAGCCGAGAAUGGUGACCUUAGCCAUAGUGUUUUGAAAAGACUAGAUUUGUCGAAACCUGGAAAGUAUGAUGACAUGCUGAAGGGUAUAUUGAGCGUUCGAAAUUUAGAAGACCCAAUCGGAAAAGUGACACUCAGAACUCUAUUGGAUGAUAAUCUCGUUCUCGAACGAGUGAGCUGCCCCAUCGGGGUUUUGCUUGUAAUAUUUGAGGCUCGUCCCGAGGUCAUUGCGAAUAUAGCUGCUUUAGCCAUCAAGUCCGGGAAUUCGGCAAUUCUCAAAGAAGGCGGGAAAGAGUCUACUGAAUCAUUUAUUGCCAUCUCAAACGUUAUAUCAGAAGCUCUAUCCAAUACCAAAGUACCCAAAUCAUCCAUACAGCUUGUGAAGGCUCGAGAUAUUGUCUGGUCACUACUCGCGCAAGACACAUUCAUUGACCUUGUGAUACCCCGAGGCUCAAAUGAACUUGUUCGAUUUGUUAAGGAUAAUACGAAGAUUCCAGUACUCGGCCACGCUGACGGUGUUUGUUCUGCAUAUCUUCAUUCCGAUGCAGACCCAGAAAUUGCCGUAAAAGUCGUCGUGGAUUCCAAAACUGAUUAUCCAGCUGCAUGCAACUCUUUGGAAACCCUACUGGUUCACGAAGACGCCCUUGGGAGUAUUUUUCCUGUUCUCGCUAAAGCUCUUUUCUCCAAGGGGGUCUGCCUUCGAUGUGAUGUGCCAAGCAAGAAUGCACUGGCGAAGGGUUUAACGAACGCCCCACUAGAAUUACUUCAAGAUGCAGUUGACCCAGAUUAUCAAACUGAAUUCCUAGAUCUUGUUUUAGCUGUCAAGACUGUCACUUCGACGCCUGAAUGUUCUGCACUCGAAAACGCUAUUGCUCAUAUUAAUUCGCAUUCGUCAGGACACACUGAUGUGAUCGUGACUAGGUCACAGACUGUUGCAGAGGCUUUUAUGAAAGGUGUGGACAGUGCGGGCGUUUUCUGGAAUGCAUCAACUAGAUUCGCGGACGGUAUGAGGUAUGGGUUUGGUACCGAGGUCGAAGCUACAUUGUUCUAG